AUGGCGGCUCCGUUUCGUCAGCCUGAGGAGGCGGUCGAUGACACCGAGUUCAUCGAUGACCACCAUGAACACCUCCGCGAUACCGUGCACCAUCGGUUGCGCGCCAAUUCGUCCAUUAUGCACUUCCAGAAGAUCCUCGUCGCCAACCGUGGUGAGAUCCCCAUUCGUAUCUUCAGAACAGCCCACGAGCUGUCCUUGCAGACGGUUGCUAUCUACUCUCAUGAGGAUCGACUGUCAAUGCACCGUCAAAAGGCCGAUGAGGCCUACAUGAUUGGCCACCGCGGUCAGUACACCCCUGUCGGUGCAUACCUGGCGGGCGACGAGAUCAUCAAGAUCGCCCUGGAGCACGGUGUCCAGCUGAUCCACCCGGGCUACGGUUUCUUGUCCGAGAAUGCCGACUUCGCCCGCAAGGUCGAGGACGCCGGUAUGGUCUUUGUGGGACCCACUCCCGAGACCAUUGACAGCUUGGGUGACAAGGUGUCGGCCCGUCGGCUGGCCAUUCGCAGCCAGGUCCCUGUCGUCCCGGGUACUGAGGGUCCGGUCGAGCGCUAUGAAGAGGUCAAGGAGUUCACUGACACCUAUGGCUUCCCGAUCAUCAUCAAGGCUGCCUUUGGCGGUGGUGGCCGUGGUAUGCGUGUGGUCCGUGACCAGUCCGAGCUGCGUGACUCGUUCGAGCGGGCCACCUCCGAGGCCCGCUCUGCCUUCGGCAAUGGCACCGUCUUCGUCGAGCGCUUCCUUGACAAGCCCAAGCACAUUGAAGUCCAGCUUUUGGGUGACAGCCACGGCAACGUCGUCCAUCUGUUUGAGCGUGAUUGCUCCGUGCAGCGUCGUCACCAGAAGGUUGUCGAAGUCGCUCCUGCCAAGGACCUGCCCGCCGAUGUCCGUGACCGCAUCCUGGAGGAUGCCGUGAAGCUGGCCAAGUCCGUCAACUACCGCAACGCCGGUACUGCUGAGUUCCUGGUGGACCAGCAGAACCGCCACUACUUCAUUGAAAUCAACCCUCGUAUUCAAGUCGAGCACACUAUCACCGAAGAGAUCACCGGUAUCGAUAUCGUGGCUGCACAGAUCCAGAUUGCUGCUGGUGCAAGCCUCGAGCAACUGGGCUUGACCCAGGACCGCAUCUCCGCCCGUGGAUUUGCCAUUCAAUGUCGUAUUACCACGGAAGACCCCGCCAAGGGAUUCUCCCCGGAUACCGGUAAGAUUGAGGUUUAUCGUUCCGCUGGUGGUAACGGUGUCCGUCUGGACGGUGGUAACGGUUUUGCUGGUGCUAUCAUCACCCCUCACUACGACUCCAUGCUGGUCAAGUGUACCUGCCGUGGUUCGACUUAUGAAAUCGCUCGCCGUAAGGUUGUGCGUGCUUUGGUCGAGUUCCGUAUUCGUGGUGUGAAGACCAACAUUCCCUUCCUGACUUCGCUUCUGAGCCACCCAACCUUCGUCGACGGAAACUGCUGGACCACGUUCAUCGACGACACCCCCGAACUGUUCUCUCUCGUCGGCAGCCAGAACCGUGCCCAGAAGUUGCUCGCAUACCUCGGUGAUGUGGCUGUCAACGGCAGUAGCAUCAAGGGCCAGAUGGGCGAGCCCAAGCUCAAGGGUGAUAUCAUCAAGCCGAAGCUGUUCGAUGCCGAGGGCAAGCCGCUUGACGUCUCCGCCCCCUCCACCAAGGGUUGGAAGCAGAUCCUGGACCGGGAGGGUCCGGCUGCUUUGCAAAGGCCGUGCUCUUUGCUGGCCACCCGUGUACGUACCAUCGACUUGUUAAACAUCGCCCAUGAAACCAGCCACGCCUACUCCAACGCGUACAGUUUGGAAUGCUGGGGUGGUGCCACUUUCGAUGUGGCCAUGCGUUUCCUCUACGAGGACCCCUGGGACCGCCUGCGCAAGAUGCGCAAGGCUGUUCCUAACAUCCCCUUCCAGAUGUUGCUCCGUGGUGCCAACGGUGUCGCCUACUCUUCCCUUCCGGACAACGCCAUCUACCACUUCUGUAAGCAGGCCAAAAAGUGUGGUGUCGACAUCUUCCGUGUCUUCGACGCUCUCAACGACGUCGAUCAGCUCGAGGUCGGAAUCAAGGCUGUUCACGCUGCCGAGGGUGUUGUCGAGGCCACCAUGUGCUACAGCGGUGACAUGCUGAACCCCCAGAAGAAGUACAACCUGGAGUACUAUAUGGCUUUGGUGGAUAGGAUUGUUGCCAUGAAGCCUCACAUCCUUGGUAUCAAAGAUAUGGCUGGUGUGCUGAAGCCUCAGGCCGCUCGCCUGUUGGUGGGCUCCAUCCGUCAGCGCUACCCUGACCUCCCCAUCCACGUCCACACUCACGACUCCGCUGGAACCGGUGUGGCCUCCAUGAUUGCCUGUGCCCAGGCCGGUGCGGAUGCUGUGGAUGCCGCAACUGACAGCAUGUCUGGUAUGACCUCCCAGCCUAGCAUUGGUGCUAUUUUGGCCUCCCUUCAGGGCACUGAGCAGGACCCCGGUCUCAACCUGGCCCACGUACGCGCUAUCGAUAGCUACUGGGCACAGCUGCGCUUGCUCUACUCGCCUUUCGAGGCGGGUCUCACGGGCCCCGACCCCGAGGUCUAUGAGCACGAGAUCCCUGGUGGUCAGUUGACCAACCUCCUCUUCCAGGCCAGCCAGCUUGGCUUGGGUCAGCAGUGGGCCGAGACCAAGAAGGCCUACGAGGCGGCCAAUGAUCUACUCGGCGACAUCGUGAAGGUCACUCCCACAUCUAAGGUGGUCGGUGACUUGGCUCAGUUCAUGGUCUCGAACAAGUUGACUCCGGAGGAUGUUGUUGAGCGCGCUGGUGAAUUGGACUUCCCUGGCUCUGUGCUCGAAUUCCUCGAAGGUCUCAUGGGACAGCCCUUCGGUGGAUUCCCCGAGCCACUGCGCUCCCGCGCCCUGCGCGACCGCCGUAAGCUCGAGAAGCGUCCAGGUCUCUACCUCGAGCCUUUGGAUCUGGUUAAGAUCAAGAGCCAGAUUCGGGAGAAGUUCGGUGCUGCUACUGAGUACGACGUGGCCAGCUUCGCCAUGUACCCUAAGGUCUUCGAGGACUACAAGAAGUUCGUCCAGAAGUAUGGCGAUCUCUCUGUUUUGCCUACACGGUACUUCCUGGCCAAGCCUGAGAUUGGCGAGGAGUUCCACGUCGAGCUGGAGAAGGGUAAGGUGCUCAUCCUGAAGUUGUUGGCCAUCGGCCCUCUUUCCGAGCAGACCGGUCAGCGUGAGGUCUUCUACGAAGUCAACGGUGAAGUGCGCCAGGUCGCCGUCGAUGACAACAAGGCCUCUGUGGACAACACCUCUCGUCCUAAGGCCGAUGUGGGUGACAGCAGCCAGGUCGGUGCUCCUAUGAGCGGUGUGGUUGUUGAAAUCCGUGUCCACGAUGGUUUGGAGGUUAAGAAGGGUGACCCACUUGCCGUCCUGAGUGCCAUGAAGAUGGAAAUGGUUAUUUCUGCUCCUCACAGCGGCAAGGUCUCCGGCUUGCUGGUCAAGGAGGGCGAUUCUGUGGACGGCCAGGAUCUCGUCUGCAAGAUCGUCAAAGCGUAA